CAAAACAAGACAAUUUGAAUGGGCUCGCCACUAAGUCCUAUCGUUACAGAUGCACUUAUGGAAGUCUUAGUUUGAUAUGCGAUUAUCUCAAACUAUUUUUAUUCUGAGUGGAAAAUUUGCUGACCACUUUAUACGAUUUGGUGGGUACACUCCCACUCCUUUAUCGUUGAAAAAGCUGAUUGCAUUUGGUAAAGUCGGCUCGGUUCAAGAGUCUGCAUCAUUCUUGGCUUAUGAACUUCCUGUUCGCCUAGCAAAUAUCUUGCAAGAAAUCCAUUUGCUCCCAGAACAACUCGUCAGAACUCCUUCUGCAUCUCUUGUGAGACGAUGGUACGAGCAAAGCUUCUGCGAAUUGAUGGACUUCGAAAAGAUAAAAUGGGACGAAAAAAGUUUAAAUCAAUUUAACGAAAUCCUCGCCAGUAUACGUAGUCGUCACACAACCGUCGUUGAAACGAUGGCACAGGGUGUAAUGGAAAUGCAGGAAAACUACAAGACUGACAUAGUUACAAACAACCAGGUGCAAUACUUCUUGGAUAGGUUUUAUAUGAUGAGAAUCAGUAUUCGUAUGUUGCUUAGCCAGCACUUGCUUAUGUUUGGUUCAGAGUUGAAUAAACAUAGAAGAUACGUAGGCUCGAUUGAUCCUGAUUGCAAUGUUCGAGAAAUAUUGGAUGAUGCAUACGAGGAUGCCAAAUUUCUUUGCGAGCAUUACUAUUCAGCGGCUCCUGAAAUGAAGGUUCGGGUGCAUAGUGGUGACAAUGCAAAAAUUGAAUUUGUCUAUGUACCUUCGCAUUUGUAUCAUAUUUUGUUUGAACUGCUGAAAAAUGCCAUGCGAGCAGUGGUGGAGCAGCAUAGUAGGGCUGACCAACUUCCUCCCAUUAAAGUCUUGAUAGCAACUGGUCAGGAAAAUGUGGCGAUCAAAAUUUCUGAUUUGGGUGGUGGUAUCCCACGUUCUCAAAUGGAUUUAGUUUUCAAUUACACUUAUACAACUGCCGGACAGGCUAAACGAUGCGGUGAAACAUCUUCAUUGUCAAUGGAACCCAGACCGCCUGGUCAGGGAACCAGUGCUCCGAUGGCAGGUUAUGGUUAUGGUCUUCCACUUAGUCGAUUAUAUGCAAAGUACUUCAAUGGUGAUCUUAUACUAUCCAGCGUAGAAGGAUACGGAACUGAUGCUAUAGUAUAUUUAAAACGUAAUGCUGCUGAAGCUGAUGAACUGCUUCCUGUGUUCAAUCGUACCUCUGCUAAACAAUACGGGAGUGCUAGUAUCCCGGUUGCCGACUGGUCUAAUCCUCAUAUAACAACUGGUUGGCGACGAAAUUGAAUAUCCCUUUAUUAAAUUUCAUUUUCACCAUAUUAAAGAAUUUUCUAACCGGCAUUUUCUCCUUUUUUGUGGAUCUCAUUACUUUAGUUUCCCAUUUUCCCUCUUUCACCCAUCACCAUUAGAUUCUAACUUGACACUAUAACACACCAGAUGACAUCGAUGUGAAGCUCAAAACAGUUUAUCAAUAGUACAUUUUAGAGUUUUCGAAAUUCCUUUCGUUCUCUUGUGAAUAUAUUUCACAGAGGAAUUAAUUUAUUUGAAUGAUGCUUCUCCAAUUCCUGUAGUUAUAUAUUUCAACUUUGCUCCUUAUUAAAGUAAUCACACAUUCAGUGUAUACUCUUAUGAGUAGAAUAAGAUUUUCUUUCAUCAUCACAUGAAAUCUUUUGUUCUUAAUUUCCAUUUACUUAUUAUUAAUUGUUAUUUACAGGCAAUAUUUUAGUUAUAAAGGGAAGCAAAUAAGAAAACAGAAUGUCUGAAAACAUUUUCGAUUCAUCUUAUAGUCUUACAUUAAAUGUGUUAGGAAACACUGUCUUAAAAUUUUAUAACUGACAUUAAUAUUAUUAUCAUUAAAAAGCUGAUAUUUUUGUUUUCUCUCUUUAUUAUUGUUCUUAUUUUUCAUAUUCUUCAUCUUUUUCAUCUAAAUCAUCUCAUUUCCUGCCUUCAUUUCUCCUGAAUAUGCAAAAACAAAAAUAGACAUGUAAUUCAAUGUGUUUGCUAAAAGACUAAUUAAAUGUCUUUGAUCAUUUGCUUUAUUGAACUGUAGAAUAUUUUUAUUUAUUGAUAUCAUGCUGAUCUUUUCAGUUUCGAAUAAAAAAAUGUUUUUUUGUUCAUAA